AUGUCUGAUAAGCCCAUCGUCUUGGUAACUGGCGCCAAUGGCUACAUCGCCGGCAGUGUCGUGGAAGCUUUCCUCAAAGCAGGAUAUGCUGUUCGAGGCACUGUCCGAUCCAAGGCCUCCGGAGAUUCUCUUGUAAAGGCUCUUUCGUCAUAUGGAAGCGACCUCGAGAUUGUCGAAGUACCGGACAUUGUUGCUCCUGGAGCUUUCGAUGCCGCUGUGAAGGGCGUACAUGCAAUCCUGCAUCUAGCUGCCGCAGUUAGUCUGAGCUUCACAGACCCUGAUCCAGUUCUUGAAGUUUCCAUCAAAGGCACUCAGGGCGUCCUGGAGUCUGCCCUCACUGAGCCGUCAAUCAAGUCAGUUGUCUUGAUGUCGUCUAUUGCUGCCAUAAGCGGUUCUGGCAACCCACCUUCAAACCGAGUCACGGAAGCCGACUGGAAUGUCGCUGCUUUGGAUGCCGUCAAGAAACUCGGCAAAGAGUCGCCCGGUCCAUUGAUCUACGUUGCGAGCAAAGUAGCUAGCGAACGAGCCUUUUGGAAGUUUCGCGACGAAAAGAAGCCUUCUUUCACAAUGACUGCUCUCAACCCUACUUUCGUCAUGGGACCACAGCCAGCCCUCGACUCCAUCUCCAAGAUUGGUGGCACGACUGCCUUCAUCUGGCAGGUACUCUCAGGCCAGGAUAUUCCCGAGCCGUUAGUCCCGAACCCUAGCUAUGUGGAUGUUCGCGAUGUUGCCCGAGUUGCAGUGUUCAGUGUCGACCAUGCUGAGAAGGCGAACGGAGAGCGGUUCUUACUGACAGCCGGCAUGGUACCCCCUCAGGCUGCUGCGGAUGUUCUUCGCAGGGCAUAUCCUGAUAGACAGGAUAUUAUCAAGGUUGGAAAACCUGGCGAGGGAUACUAUCCCGGCUAUGCGUUUCCCAAGGAAAAGAUCCUUGACACUUCUAAGACUGUCAAGUUUACAGGGAAGGAGUUUUACCCGGUUGAAAAGUCAAUUGUCGACACAGCCAAGUCUUUGGAAAAGUUCUUGUAG